GUCCUCAUCACUUAAAAACCCAUUCACAUUCACAAGAGAAAACCCUAGCUACUCAAGAAGACCUUACAACGUCGUCGCACAUUAGCCGGAGGGAGCGCCGAUCCCGUCGUCAGAAGAAUCCUUCUAGUAAACAGCUAUGGGGAAGGUUCACGGUUCAUUGGCUCGUGCCGGUAAGGUGAGAGGACAGACACCUAAAGUGGCUAAGCAGGACAAGAAGAAGAAGCCACGUGGCCGUGCCCACAAACGGAUGCAACACAACCGUCGUUUCGUCACCGCCGUUGUUGGAUUUGGCAAGAAGAGAGGACCCAACUCAUCUGAGAAGUAGAUGAUGAUCAUGAUCACUCUGUGGGGUUGUUGAAGUUUUUUUGCCCUUUUAUGGCAUUCUCGUUUUUGGUUUUUUGCUGAUUCCGACUUCUGCAAGAUCCGUUUUGUUAUAUCUUUAUAGACAAUGUAAUUUUCUCAAUCAAAUUGGCCAUCGAUGCUUCAGACGUAAUUUUGCGACCU